AUGCGUCGAUCCGACGUCGACACGUCGGUGCCGUCAACCGCCGGCCGGACUCGGACUCAGACUCGGCCCCGACGAAGAGUGGUCUCCAGACGAGACGGACAAAAUAGCCGAACUGAUGCCGAAGGCCAUGCGCUGCCGACUCGAGGCGAGGCUUAUAAGCCCAUCUCGACGCUUGACUGGGCCUCGAGCCAAGCGUCUCUUGGGCCGACUCGUCCGGACGACUCGAGACGGGACUCGUGGCCGGCGAAUUCGACAACACCACAGAAACCGGUUGUACAGUCGCCCAAUGUGCCGCAGUUGGGAGCCAUUUGA